GAUAAAAUACUGUGUCUGAACUGCUUAGAGAUUUGGGCUUACCGACGAAAACAUGUUAUAUUUUAAUCAGUCUUUCUUUCUCAUGUGGUUUUAACAUCUUGAGUUGGGAUUAUAAAUGAAUAGCGUCAAUAUUCUUAACUGGUAAGCAAACCAGAAACUUGGUAAUGGCGUCUACUGAUCUGAAUGGCGAGUGUAAAGUGGACGUCAUUGUUAGUGAUAAGCCUCGAAAGAGAUCACACCUGAGAAAAGAAGGAAAAAAUAUGAAAUCCCGCAUUGGAGCCUUCUUGAUAAAGAUAUGGAAGCUUGGAAAAGAAGACCCAAGAAGGCUUAUACAUUCUAUGAAAUUUGGAGCGGCUCUGUCUUUGGUCUCUCUCCUGUAUCUCAUUGAUCCCCUCUUCAAUGGCGUUGGAGAUAAUGCCAUUUCGGCAGUCUUGACAGUCGUGGUCGUACUUGAAUUCACUGCAGGGGCUACUUUGAGCAAAGGGUUGAACAGAGGAUUAGGCACUCUGAUGGCAGGCUUCCUAGCUACCUGUGUGAGUUACUUGUCUAGGCAUGCAGGCGAAGUUGGUCAUGCCAUUGUCGUCGGUUUUUCAGUUUUUAUUUUAGGCGCAGGUGCUUCGUUUGCUCGGUUCUUCCCUACAGUGAAGAGAAGAUAUGACUAUGGAGUUGUGAUCUUCAUUCUCACAUUCAAUCUUAUAGCUGUCUCUGGUUAUCGGGUGGAUAACAUACUCCGUUUGGCACGUGCACGUCUCUCCACCAUAGCCAUUGGAUGUGGUCUGUGCCUCGUCAUCAGUGUGCUUGUUUACCCCAUCUGGGCAGGGGAGGAUCUGCACAACUUUACUGCUCAGAAAUAUGAAGACCUAGCUCGAUCACUUGAAGGAUGCGUUCAGGAAUACUUUGAUGGGCCCGAUGAUGAGGUGGACGAAGAUGAAAACGACAAAACAUCAGCAGAAGAUGUCAUAUAUGAAGGAUACAAAUCUGUGUUAGAUUCCAAAGCCAAAGACGAGUCUCUGGCGACGUUUGCUAGUUGGGAGCCAAGGCACGGGCCAUUUCGGCAUAGGUAUCCAUGGAAACAGUAUGUGAAAAUUGGAGCCAAUCUUCGACAUUUAGCAUAUUCUAUUGUUGCCUUGCAUGGCUGCUUGCGAUCCGAGAUUCAGACACCGCAUUCUGUUCGUUCGGUGUUGAGGAAGCCAUGCCUCAAGGUCAGCGAGGAAGCGGCAAAGUUACUGCGAGAGCUGUCGUACUCUAUCAGACACAUGCGAAGAAGCAACUCAGGAAUCAUGAUGGAGUAUUUACAGUUUGCAUUGAAGGAUCUGCAGACUGCCUUGAAUGGCCUGCCAAAACAUUUCGUGGAUCUCCGAAGAUGGCAUUCCGAUAAAAACAAAGGAAUUCAAUCCCAAAUAGAUCAACAAGAAGAGCCCAUCAACUCCCCAAAUGAAGAAAUCCAGUGUUGUGCAAUGAGCUUGGAAGAACCCACCACGACAAGGCUCUUCAGAAGAGGGGUGUCCUUACGAGAUCAACAGCCGGAUGAAGGGAAAAGCCUCUCACACACACAAUCUCAUGUUUCUGUUGAAGAAAAAUCCAGGGGGCACAGUAUAGAAUAUGCAGAGGAGCUUCCACUCGCCACUUUUGCAUGGCUUCUGGUGGAAAGUGUAGUAAGGAUUGAGAAUGUUGUGGAGGCGGCUGACGAGUUGGCAAGGCUGGCACACUUCAAAACAUGCAUCUCUUCUCAUCAUGCAAGAUCAAGAAAGGCAUCAAUGAAGGUUUCUGAUCCUGAGACUCCUAGAAACAGAGUAUUGGAGAGUCAUGUCACUUCUCAAUGUGCAGAGUGAGCAGGUAAAUCAUUCUAGGUACCUAUUGAAGAAGAAUAAGAAUUUUACAAGAAAAUGAAUUGAAGAAGAAUAAGAAUAUUACUUUCCAUCGAAAGGAUUUGCCCGUGACUGUGUUCAAAUCUUGGGUAGAGUAAUUUAAGCGUGCAGAAGAUCUGCAAAUCGUUUUGAGAACAUCUCGUACAGAAAUGGAAAUGAUGGUUUUCUUUGUGCUUUGUUCCAUCGCCUAUUUCGGAGAAAAUGGCGGAUGACAAAUUAAACAUGGUUAAAAGGUGGACGACCUUCGUGCAAGUCACACACAUCACUGUUUUUUUAAGCUUAAUAUAUGGGGUUAAUGUUUGAGCAUGCAUUUAACUCUACUUUGGGGAAGCUGAUAAAAUAGUUUAGUUUGAUAUUAAUGUAUUAUUAAAAAAAAAAGAUUUUUUAAUCGAGAGGAAUCGAUGGGUUCA